GAUGGUUUUUCUGAGCCGAGCCGGCCGCUCUAGCCGCCAGCAGCUUUUACUUUUGGUUUCCUGCUGCUAGCAAGCAAGUGUGUGGCUGCGUUGGGUAGAGGGAGUCGGCUCUCAGCACGUGCAGAGAACCUUAGUUUUUGCAACCCGACCUCGCGACCCGCAUGUUCGAGGAGCCUGAGUGGGCCGAGGCGGCCCCAGUAGUCGCGGGCCUCAGUCCCGCCACCUCAGGGCCUCGGCCUGCGGCAGCCGCGCAGAUCAAGGGCUCCAGGCACCGCCAACUCUUGGCCACCUUAAGGGUUCUGGAAGCAGCAUCUCUUUCCCAGCAGUCCACCAGCCUACCUGGCAGUGACUCUGAGGAGGAAGUAGAAAGAAAGAAGAAACGUCCUAAAAAGUCCUCAUCUUCUAGUACCUCUGCCAAAGUAGGAGAAAAAAGGAAAGAAUGUCAAAAACUGGGCCUACCUCAAGAUGACUGUGAGGACCACCAAAUAGAAAAGAAGAAGUGCUGCAAACAAGCUCUUCUGAGUAAUGACUCUGCCAAAGAAGAGAAAAGAAAGAGGAAAUGCCAGAAAGAGGCCCUUUCAAACUCAGCCCAGCACGUAGACAAUGUCGACCAAACAGAUCACAAAUCCCAGAAGAGUAGUAAUACAAAUGUUUCACCCAAGCCAAGCCCUGGGUCCAGUUCCCCUAAGCCCCUCAGUACCUUGACCCGCAAACAGUGGCGGAACCGGCAGAAGAACAAGCGGAGACACAAGAACAAAUUUCGACCACUUCAGGCACCAGACAAGAUUUCUGCUGAGGCCUCCAAGGCCUCCACAGAGGAGUCAGAGGUGCAUCCUACCCUCAAACCAGACAACCACGAGGCUCGGGCAGCAGCCCUGCGAGCCCGCAUGUCGCAGAGGCUGGAUGGGGCCCGAUUUCGCUACCUCAAUGAGCAGCUGUACUCAGGGCCCAGCAGUGCUGCACAACGCCUCUUCCAGGAAGACCCUGAGGCUUUUCUCCUCUACCAUCGUGGCUUCCAGAGCCAGGUGAAGAAGUGGCCACUGCAACCAGUAGACCGCAUUGCCAGGGAUCUUCGGCAGCGGCCUUCAUCUCUUGUAGUGGCUGACUUUGGCUGCGGGGAUUGCCGCCUAGCUUCAAGUAUCCGGAACCCUGUACACUGCUUUGACUUGGCCUCAUUGGACCCCAGGGUCACUGUAUGUGACAUGGCCCAGGUGCCUCUGGAGGAUGAAUGUGUGGAUGUGGCUGUGUUUUGUCUUUCACUGAUGGGAACCAACAUCAGGGACUUUCUGGAGGAGGCAAAUCGAGUACUGAAGCCAGGGGGUCUCCUGAAAGUGGCUGAGGUCAGCAGCCGCUUUAAGGAUAUUCGGAACUUUCUGAGGGCUGUGACCAAGCUGGGCUUCAAGGUCAUCUCCAAGGACCUGACCAACAGCCACUUCUUCUUAUUUGAUUUUGAAAAGACAGGCCCCUCUCAGGUAGGGCUCAAGGCUCAACUUGCCGGCCUGAAACUUCAACCAUGUCUCUACAAGCGAAGGUGACCUCUAAACAUGCCUUGGAAGGGGAGGCAGGGCCCAGGCUCCAGGCUGAAAACUCUGAAGACUGUACCUUCUCUGAAGACUGUCUACCAGGCUGUGAGUCAGGACCUGGUACUACCUUCUUCCCUCUGUCCCCAGAACAAGGUGUGAUGAAACCCCUGGCUCAGCUGUGCUCCACUGAAGGAUUCUCAGUUCAGAAAAAGCCUAAAGUCACUUGAGCAACCGAAGGAGUAAUAAGAAAUGAUGAUAACUGGGAAUCAUGGAUCACCUAAAAUAUCUUAAAAGCCAGAUGGUUUGGGAUUGAAGGGUCUUUGGGUUUGGCUCCUCUUUGCAUCUCUCAGAAGACACCUGGGCUUUUUGUCUUGGCCUCUCUGCUCUCCUUUUGUCUGAUCUAUACUGUCCAAGCUCUGCUCACCUAUAGCUUCUGCUCCUUCAGGUUCAUGCUACCCCGGCCUUUAAGCUCUUGCUUCUUGGUGGUUUUAAUCCUAACCUUCCCCGCUACAGCUGAAAGCUGUUUAAUAUCCUCAUUUGGAAAAUCAUAGAAUUCCUGUGUGUUAUCUAAGGAAAUCUAUAGUUAGGGCUGGGAACAUAGGAGGUGCUCAAUAAAUAGCUAUGAAUAUUAUGUGCUGUAACCCUUAUUGUUCUUUGAAGACUCCAUGGACCAGGUUGGAGGUUGAAGGACAAAUGAAUUUCUUAACUGGGAGAGUUCAAGAUAGGCCUUUCAAAAGGCUUGUGCAGUACUGUAUUUAGAAACUCUUAAUGGAUUCCAAGCUUUCCUUGGAGGAGGGUGAUAGUGAGGGAACAGGAUUUUUGUUCAUAAACAACUGGUUGAUGCCAUUUUGGGGUGGGAGAUUGGGCUGCUCAUUGGCAAAGUGGUUUGUCCAUUAUUUCUGCUUUGUAAUAGGCCCAGAUCAGCAUGUCCUGAGAAAGCUAUAGCAACUAAAGCUGGUGCUAGAGGAAGAUGAAUAAGAAUGACAGAUCCCAGGCCUCCCUCAGAAGAGCUGCUAUAGACUUGUUACAAAGAUACAGCCUCUUCUACCUAUUCCCAAGAAAAAGACCUGAGAGUGCCCACUGGGAAGACAUAGGUUCCCAGGCUUUGACACAGUUGGGUGCCUCCAGUAAAGACAGGGAGAUUCUGAAACAGGUUGUAGGCUGGAGGUAUAUGUGGAGGUUGGGCUAUGAGCCAUUCAGCUAACACUACACAGUGCCCCUGCAUGUGCUCCUCUUUGCUGAGUACUUGUCUGGCUAGCAAAGUUAGUCACAUCUUCCUAAACAUUCUGGUGGUUUUGUACUCCUCUCUUCCAAAAGCAGAAUUAAUUCUUCAUUUGUGUUUGCAAAGUAUUAAUGUGAAGAGUACUCCUUUAGCAUUUAAAUGUUAUGUUGUGUUUGCUUAGUAGAUUUGGCUAGUCUUCUGAAAUUGCGUUUACCUUUGUAUCCCUGGAGCUUGUCACUUGAGGUACAGCCAGUGCAUUCAUUUUCCUAGGGAGGAAUAAGAAAUGACAGGGUCUGGUUAAGUGGAGUUGAUGAGAGCAGCAGUGCGGCAGAAACCCAUGUUUGAGGCAUAUGUUGAGGCUGCUGUGGACUACAUCAGGUUGAAUUGGUGGAAUGUUGGAGGUAGUUAAAAGAAUCUGAAGUAAGUCCUAGGUUUCUGGCUUGAGCAUCUGAUUGGGCUGGUGGUGCCACUCCAAGUGUUGGGCUUUAGGUCCUUGUUAGAUGUUCUUGAAGUGGGACAAGAUGGGGACAAUAGUAUAUGCUUUUAAGUCCCACCUACUCAGGAGGCUGAGGUUGAAGGAUUACUGGAGCCCAAGAGUGCAAGGUCAGCAUGGGCAACAUAGUGAGGCCUCUGUCUAGAAGAAGGGAGGAAGGGGAAAGGAAGAAAGGAAGCAAGCGCGCAACUGACUUAUGAAAUCUGUGCUGGAUACUCAGGGAUUUAACUAGAGGUGGGAAAGUCAUAG